CUAUUUAUGAGAACACUGAUGCAAAGAAAAUGGAGAGGAAGCUCCAUGAAGCGGCUGUGGAAGGCAGUGUGAAUUCCUUGCUUAGUUUGCUUCAAGAGGAUGCACUGCUUCUUGACCGAUUUAUCACUGGUCGUUACCCUGAAACACCUUUGCACGUAGCUUCCAUGCUUGGACACCUAGAAUUCGUUGACGAAAUUCUUAGUCGUAAGCCUGAGCUUGCCAAAGAAGUUGACUCCCGAAAGUCAUCACCGCUUCACUUAGCAGCAGCAAAAGGGUACCUGGAUAUUGCAACAAGAUUACUUCAGGUCAACCCUGAUAUGUGCCUUGUUUGUGACUUUGAUGGGAGGAACCCUCUGCAUAUUGCAGCCAUCAAGGGUCAUAUCAAUGUGUUGGGAGAGUUGAUUCGUGCCAGACCCUGGGCAGCUCGGUCGCUGAUGGACGAAGGGGAGACCAUUUUACAUGCGUGCGUGAGGUACAAUCAGUUGGAAGCAAUGAAGUUAUUGGUGGAAAUUGCCGAUCAUGAGUUUGUGAAUUGUAAGAAUUAUGAUGGCAACACCAUCUUGCAUCUAGCAAUAGCUGACAAGCAAACAGAGACCAUACACUUUUUGAUUUCUAGCACUACAAUAGAAGUGAACUGUGAGAAUGCAGAUGGCUUCACUCCUCUUGAUCUUUUAUCUCAAAAUGAAAGGAACCUGAAAGAGAAGGAGAUUGUUGAGUCCCUUCGACGUAUUGGAGCUGUGCGUGCAAAAGAUAAGCCUUUGUCAGAUCGUCAACUUAAAGCCAUAAGGAUCAAGAUCUUAUCCUCAUCAUCUCUAUCUAAUCAAACAACUGCAUCGAACCCUAAGAAAAGUAAAGUUCGCGAGAGGUUUAAUAUUAACAGCUAUGCUGAUUGGCUGGAAAGAAAACGCAAUACCUUAAUGCUGGUGGCUUCCCUGUUAGCUACCAUGGCUUUCCAAGUGGGCGUCAAUCCUCCUAGUGGCGUUUGGCAAGACACCUCCCCAAGUGAUUCUUCAUCAAUGGCGUCAAACAAAUCAAAUCACUUGGCAGGGUUUUCCAUAAUGGCAGAUAAUUUUCCAAUUAAAUAUACCUAUUUCCUCAUUGCUAACACAACCGGUUUCAUGGCAUCUCUUAGCAUCAUCCUGUUACUUAUAAGUGGAUUACCAUUGAGGCAUAGGUUCUUCAUGUGGAUUUUAAUGGUCGUUAUGUGGGUUGCCAUCACUGCAAUGGCAUUCACAUAUACGGUGUCUGUCUUAGCUGUCACACCCGAUCACGCGGACUCUGCGCUAAUCUACAUACGAUAUGCCAUGUCCGGUUUGACUAGCAUGAUGCUGCUGCUUCUUCUUGCACACACAAUUCGACUGAAAAUCAGAUUGAUAAAUUGUAUUCUAAAAUUAGUACUCAGAUUGAUAAACCUCAUCUCCAGACUGUGACGGAGCUUAAUGUGUGCCAAUCUUGUGUUUUAGAAUAUUGCAAUUCUAUGUACUAAGGAAAAUUCUUAAGUCCUUUGGUGCUUUCAUAUGAGGGGUGACAAAAUAAUUUUUCUUUUGU